GCGGGACUUCGUAUCACAAGAAUGGAGUCGAUCGGCGGACAAACGUUUCAUUUCACGCAUUGAAAUGCAAUUUUCCCACGGACAUGUUUCAUAUUUAAUUAUUUCCAAGCCACAUAUGGUAACACGGGACUAACGGAAAGGGCGCACGCUUUGUUUGAAUGAAGAGGGGUGACCACACGAGGGAUCGUCCAACGACAGUAAAUGAGAGGUAAAGGGAAAGAAGGGCCCGCCGUCGUAGCGCUAGAGCUUCGGGGAAAAGUGGGUAGCGCCGCCUGACGGACCGCCGAACCCGGGAGCCACUGUCAGGAAACCGCGGUGCCGAAAACAGGUUUGCUCCUCCACUGGCCUUCUGGAUGACACAUGUAGUCUUCAUUCAUUGUACACAGCGGAGAAAUUCCACACCAAGACUUCAUCUUUCAUCAAACACUUGACACCAACAUUAGACACACAUUAAUACACCUAAACACCAGCAUGGCGGAGCAGCAGGAGGAGACAGAGUAUGUGGAGCACCAGUACAUGUGCAGCGAGUGCCACGAGCUCUUCAACACCCUGGAGGAUGUGCUGAUCCACCAGCAGAUCCAUACUGGCCAAGAAGGUGAUGGAGAAGGAGAGGGAGGGGAGGUCAUGCACUUCCAGGGCGUCCCAGAUAUGGGGCAGAACCAGCAGUACCAGUGUCUGGAGUGUGGGGCCCUCCUGGUGAACCCCGAGGAGCUGCUGCUGCACCAGGAGAUGCACAUGAGGGAAGCGGGGAUGGAGGUGGAGCAUCAAGAGCUGUGUCAGGUUUUGGAGACAGAGGAAGGGUCGGAGGGUCAGAUGUCGGGGCCCGUUCAGUACCAGUGUCUGGACUGUCUGGCUCUUUUUGACUCACCUGACACCUGGCUGGAGCAUCGGCGGACGCACAGCAGGAGCAGCACUCACAGCAACACAGAGACCAUGGAGUAUGUGCUGCAGCCGGAUGGCACCAUCACUCCUCUGAACAACAUCCAGAACUACGUGCUGAGUGAGCAGCAGGCGGGGGAGAUCCUGGCGCAGGUUCUUGCUCAGCAGCAGCUGCAACAGCAGACACGUCAGUCUGUCUCCAAACCUGCUGUCCCCUCUCGCUCCACCCUGCUGCCUCCGGUGACAGCGGCCCCCGGCUCCGCCACCAUGCACCUGCAGAUCCUCACCGCUCAGGCGCUGGCAGAUAACUCUACCUCGCCCAGCCAGCGCCGCUCAAAGCUGCCCCCACUGCUGCCCGCUCUGGGCCGGGGCUCUUCGGGGAAGCUGGGGGUCCUGGAGAAUGGGGUGCAGAGACUGGAGUUAAGGUUGGCCCCCGGCAUCACGGAGGAGCAGCAGGCUACAGAAGUGGUGGUCAUCCACCCGUAUGAGUGCUCAGAAUGCUCCCUUCUCUUCCAGACGCCGGAGGACUUCCUCCAGCACCAGGGAGAGCACUUCCUGUGUCAGGACAAAGAGAGCGGGGAGCCAGGCGUUAUGAGCGGCUUCGAGGAGGUGCGAGGGAGGGAGGAGGCGACGGAGAAGGUGGAGGACAUUAGAAUCAGAGUGGCAGAAAAGAAAGCAGCAGUCUGGGCCAAGCCCCAGCAGUGUGAGCUCUGCAGCCGCACCUUCACCUCCGUCAACAGGCUGGCGGCUCACAGGCGUGUGCAUGAGCAGGGCACGCACGAGUGUCCCGAGUGCGGCAAGGUGUUCAAGAAAGCCACCUCAAUGCAGACACACAUGCGCACACACUCGGGCGUGGCCAGGUAUCUGUGUGUGGACUGUGGCAACGGCUUCACCACGGAGAUGACUCUGAUCAUGCACAGGAAGUCCCACAUUGCAGACCCCCUCCACAAGUGUCAGUUCUGCAACAAAACCUUCACCAACAUGACCAAGUACCUCUACCACCGCAGAACCCACCUCAACCGCGAUACAGCCUUCACACCAGCCCCCAUCCACCGCAAUUCAGCCGACACACCAGCCCCUAUCUCCACGGUCUCGGCUCCAAGAAGAGCGUCUCUCUCUACUCUCGCCAUCCUGCAGAGAGCGAGAGAGAAGAUCUCUCACACCUCUGAGUUGAAGGUCAACAUGCGGACUCCUCACACAAAGGAAGAGACGGACACACCUGGGGAAGAUCCAAAAAACAAAGGAGAGGAAGGGGAGAAGCAGGAGGAAGACGACAACAUGGAGGUGUCCGCCCCACCUGAAGGCAACGACAACGAGCCCCAGCAGGAGACGUCUGUUACCAACGCUGUCCUCCUGGAUGACACCGGUGGAGGAGUCCCAACUGAAGCCACUCCUCCUGCUUCAUCCGACAAAACCUCUUUUUCCUGUCGUACGUGCUCCAAGACCUUCCCCUCCCAGGUGCAGCUCGUUCACCAUCGCCGCAAGACCCACGUCACCGAGCGCAGCUUCAUGUGUGGCAUCUGCAGCAAGACUUUCAAGAAGCAGAUCCACGUGCGCAACCACAUCCGCACCCACACCGGGGAGCGGCCCUUCCAGUGCUCCGACUGCGGGAAAACCUUCUCGUCUCUCGCCAACCUCACGAGGCACACGCUCAUCCAUUCCGGCGUGCGGCCGUACCGCUGCGAUGUCUGUCUCCGCUCCUUCUCUCAGUCCUCCAACCUCCGUCAGCACAGCCUGCUGCACUCCAACGCUGCCACAGUCUCCUGCCCCGAAUGCCCCGCCACCUUCCGCUGGCCCACUAAGUUAGCGGCUCAUCGGUACACCCAACAUCCAGGGUCUCCGGCGCCUUUCCCGUGUCCCCACUGCGAGGCCGGGUUCCUGACCCGGAGACAGAGAGAUGGACACUGUCUGGAGCUGCACCCCACCCUGAUGCAGGCCAGUACGGGGACAGAAGUGGGCAAAGAAACGGAAGCAGUGGUGGGGAAAGAUCUGAGCUCAAAGCCCUCCACCUCAGCAGAGACAGAAUCCGGGGAUUCAAGCAGUCUCGUGCGGGGGGGUUUAGACUGUAAUAUUUGUGGAAAGAAGCUCAAUUCUCCUGCCAACCUGCGACUCCACAGAUUGAGCCACUUCGCUUUGGGUCCGGGGCGGCCGAGGUGCACCGCUGGGAAGAGGCCCAAAGCCCACCAGUGUCCCAUCUGUGGAAAAUGGUUCGUCUCUUCCUCCGGAGUCGCACUUCACCAGCGAGUCCACACCGGGGAGCGGCCCUUCCCCUGCCAAGUGUGUGGAAAGCGCUUCCGUCAGAACACCCACCUGCGGGAGCACCUGCGCACACACUCGGGCGAGCGGCCAUUUCGCUGUGAGGUGUGCGGUAAGGGAUUCAUCCAGAGCAUGCACCUGGCUGAGCACCGGCGCACGCACACAGGCGAGCGGCCACACGUCUGUCCGCAGUGUGGCAAAGCCUUCAAGACCUUCUCCAACCUGAGGAACCACAAGAAGACGCACGCCCGGCAGCAGAGGCUGGACGAAGAGGCCGCCGCCAUGGAGACCAGCUCUGCUGUAGCUGUGGUCGACGCAGCGGCGGUGGAGCUAGCUAACGGCCAGCCGCAGAUCAUCCAGAUACAAACCUCAGAUCUGCAGCAGGCGGGGGGGACGCCCACCAUCAUGUGUAACGAGUUCGGGGAGACCAUCGCCAUCAUCGAGACGAGCGAGGGGGGAGCGCUGCCUCUGGAGCAGGCGCUGGAAAUCUAUCACAGCGCUAUGGAGAACGGACUCACCAUGGACACGGUCUCUGUGGACGGACUGCAGCUCCUCUGAGGACAGAAACAGACGUUACUGCCAAAUGACUGAGUCCAGUCUGACUCUAACGAAGACUAAUUGACUACUGAGGGGUUCAGUAUUCACUUCAGACUCCCUGGAACCAGAUGAUUAAGAACUGGAGAAGAAGCUAUAAAAAUGUCAGAAUUGAUGCUAAGCGAACAGACCAAAGUAAUUAAUCUUCCACUUUUUAUAAGACAGAGGGUUCAGUAUUAAUGUUAUUGAAAUGAAAGGUUAUGGCAAUUGUUAUAAGAAGCACCAUGGUUGUGCCUCGUGAAGUUUGUGUGAUUCAUUUUAUCAUUGUUGUUUGAAACGGGAUGUGUUUUUCUUCUGUUCAAAGGUUUGACAUGCAGUUGUAUAUUAGGGAAAUCAAUAAAUGUUUUUUCAUGA